CCUCCGUCUCUCUUCCCAACACUCAUCCCCAAAAAGGCACCGUGAGACGGUCUGCACGGCGGAGUCCUCUCGUCGUCUCUAGAAUGGAAACGGAAUUAAACGGGCUGUGGUUCGUCCGUCUCCGGUACUUUUCCUCUCUCACAGCAGCAGCAGCGUGUCUCCUCUCCGCUGAAUAACUUCAUAUUUCCUGGUCUCGCUUUCAGGAUAAACCAAACCAUCCAACUUGUUACUAAACUGUUCUGAAAGAAGGUCGCGGGUUCUUUCUUUUUUUAAUGGAUGGAGAAUUUUGAAUCGAUGGUGAGCGAGUUGAGGUCAAGCUGGUUGUGAAGGCGCUGGACUUGUCCCCCCCAAAGCCCCGGACACAGCAUGGCGGGAGUAGCAGCGUGGCUUCCCUUCGCCCGGGCGGCGGCCAUUGGCUGGAUGCCCGUGGCCAACCUGCCCAUGCCGGUGGCGCCCGCCGAGAAGAACAAGCGCCAGGACGAGAUGAUCAUCCUCAACGUCAGCGGGCGGCGCUUCGAGACCUGGAGGAACACGCUGGACCGCUACCCGGACACCCUGCUGGGGAGCUCGGAGAAGGAGUUCUUCUACAACGAGGAGACCAAAGAGUACUUCUUCGACCGGGACCCCGACGUCUUCCGCAGCGUGCUGAACUUCUACCGCACGGGGAAGCUCCACUACCCGCGCUAUGAGUGCAUCUCCUCCUACGAGGAGGAGCUGGCGUUCUUCGGCAUCAUCUCGGAGAUCAUCGGCGACUGCUGCUACGAAGAGUUUAAGGACCGGAAGCGGGAGAACGCCGAGCGUCUGAUGGACGACCAGGAGGACAACAAGGACGCCAAGCUGCCCAACAUGACCUUCCGGGAGACCAUGUGGCGGGCCUUCGAGAACCCCCACACGUCCACCAUGGCCCUCGUCUUCUACUACGUCACGGGCUUCUUCAUCGCGGUGUCCGUCAUCACCAACGUGGUGGAGACGGUGCCCUGCGGCACGUCGCCCAACCAGAAGGAGGUGCCGUGCGGCGAGCGCUACACCGUGGCCUUCUUCUGCAUGGACACGGCCUGCGUCAUGAUCUUCACCGUGGAGUACCUGAUGCGCCUGUACGCCGCGCCCAGCCGCUACCGCUUCAUGCGGUCCGUCAUGAGCAUCAUCGACGUGGUGGCCAUCCUGCCGUACUACAUCGGCCUGGUGAUGACCGACAACGAGGACGUGAGCGGCGCCUUCGUGACGCUCCGGGUUUUCCGCGUCUUCCGCAUCUUCAAGUUCUCCCGCCACUCGCAGGGCCUGCGCAUCCUGGGCUACACGCUGAAGAGCUGCGCCUCGGAGCUGGGCUUCCUGCUCUUCUCCCUCACCAUGGCCAUAAUUAUCUUCGCCACCGUCAUGUUCUACGCCGAGAAGGGCUCCAGCUCCAGCAAAUUCACCAGCAUCCCGGCCUCCUUCUGGUACACCAUCGUUACCAUGACAACGCUCGGGUACGGAGACAUGGUCCCUAAGACGAUCGCGGGGAAGAUCUUCGGCUCCAUCUGCUCUCUGAGCGGGGUGCUGGUGAUCGCCCUGCCCGUCCCCGUCAUCGUGUCCAACUUCAGCCGCAUCUACCACCAGAACCAGAGAGCAGACAAGCGGCGGGCGCAGAAAGUACAGAAAGCCCGAUUGGCCAGGAUACGAAUAUCCAAGCAGGGAACCUCCGACGCCUUCCUCCACAGCAAGCGAAACGGCCUGUUCAACGAAGCUCUGGAGUUCACGCAACUUCCGUACAAGAUGAACCUCUCAGAUCAGAGCUCCACUGAGGAGGAGCAGCGGUUAAGUAAGUCCACCUCUCUACUGGAGAGCCAGCACCACCACCUGCUGCACUGUCUGGAGAAAACCACCAACCACGAGUUUGUGGACGAGCAGUAUUACCAGCAGAGCUACCUGGAGGCGGGGCUGCAGAAUUACCCGUCUCGAAGCCCCUCCCUCUCCAGCCGAGACGGCGUGACGGGCACGUGCUGCUCCCGGCGCAGCAAGAAGCACCACACCCCUUUACAGAACGCCAGCGGCCCAGCACACAUGCAGCCUUUGGCGCACGCCCACCAACGGGGGGGCUUACAGGAGCUCAGCACCAUCCACAUCCAGCCCCUCAGCACCAGGUGAGCUACGACGGUGAGGUGACGUCCGGCGUCCAAGCCACGCCGGGUUAGAGAACUGUGGAGUGAGAUUGUGACGUGCACACAAAGAGUUCUAGUGUGCACGUGUUCCCUCAACCGGCCUCACGGAGAGAUUUGUUUGUUGAAAUUAUUUUUGGUGAAAUAAGAGUUAACUGUACUGGCACUUAAUGCACAUUCAUAAGACCAUAUAAUACGUUCAUAAGGCUUUUUAAAUCUCCUUAUAAAUGUUUAUCAUCACGCAUGACAACUUAGAACGCGUUUAUAAAGUAUUAUAGUUAAAUUCAGCAUUCAUAACGCUUCAACAGUGUUUGACAGAAGAAUGCGAGUCCUGGGUUACACGGCACAUUAAACCUUAAGCCCGAUAUAAAGACACGCACAGAACUGCUCUAACGUAUCAGAACAUUAUAUAUUAUAAGUUCCUGAGAUGGAAUAAUGUCUUAUGAACAUCAAUAAUAUGCUACAGCAGGACUGUGUGAGCUCUGUGUUAAGUGACAGCUCUGUAAGGUUAUUAAAAGUUGUGUGAUAAUAUAGCACUUAUGAGGACAGUUGUUACUGGCUGUGAGCCAAGCGUUUUAUCAAAACCAUGUCGAGCCUUUGGUGUCCAAAACACACAAGUAUAGUGAUCUAUAUAUGCGGCAUAUGGAUGUUAAAUAACAAAGAAAAAAUAGAGAAGUAUUGGCGCCAACCCAACAGUAGAAAACGGAUUAUUCACUUCUACAGAAUGAAGAAAUGACAGAGUGAUGACCACUCAUGAGCGUCUGGCGACGGUGCACCAGGAGUAAGGAAAGAGAGAGAAGUAUUGGAGUCAAGGCACCAGCAGGAAGCAACUUAUUCACUCCUACAAAAUGCUCAAAAGCUCACCGACAACCACACAAUGAGCAUCUGGCGACGGCGCACCAGAAUAAAGAAGAUGAGAGAGAAAUAUUAGUGUCAGCACACCAGUAGAACACAACUUAUUCACUCUACAAAAUGCUCAAAAGUGCACCAAUAACUACACACAAUGAGCGUCCGGCUGAUAUUUCUGUUGAUAAAAACAUGUCGUGGAUUUUGGAAAUGAUUACAUCUGUAUCUCUUGUGAGUGGAUAGUGGACUAUUGCUCACAAUGUUUCUGUAAAUGAUAACUCAAAUGUCAGCGUUAUGGAACAUCUCUAUAUUAAUGUAUUUAUUUGCACUUACUUUAUUGGUAGUAAGUGUUCGCUUGUCCCUCUGGACAAAGACGUCAAUGAAGUCCUCGUUGUUCGGUGUGUUCCUCGGUUCCGUAGGUCCUUCCUGUCUCACCGGCCUGCUGAGGUGGUAGAAAGGUAUCGUUAGUGUUCGGUCUCCUGCACAUCGCUGCCUUCAUGCUCUCAACAUAUCAGACUUUAAUCUGAUCAGAGCAAAGAAGCUUUGUGAAGAUGAGCCGACGCUUUGACACCUUGUGGCAAAGUCAAGCUCCUCCAGACGGUGAAACCUCGAUUUCAUUUGCACAAUGAUGUCGUGAAGAAUAUUGAAUAACUUUCAUAUUAAUAUUCUUGUGUAACUUCAUUACAUUUCUUAAUACAAUUAUCAUAAAAACAGCUUUUUGCUGAUUGAUUUAAGGCACACAUGUCUCUGAAGAAGAAAACAUCUGUCAGGUCGAAGAUGAGAGCCGGAGGUCAAAUCCUGAGGCCAGAAUAAGAGUCUCGCCAUCUGAGCGUUACAUCAUCACUUCUGGAACACUCGGCAGAGAUCUGCUUUAGUUUUAGGUUUAUUUUGCACAAUUCAGAAAAAAUACACAAAGAUAGCGGAGAUAAAUAAUAUCACAGUGCAGAGGAAUAAACCCCACUGGGCUUAUUUCAAGCCUUCACUUAUAUAAUAUUAAAAUAUUAUAGAGAACACAAACAUCUACUAUAUACAUUUAUAUCUACACGUAAUAUGAAUGACAACGUAUUUUAACAAGAUACGAUGUCAACAAAAGAAUAAAGAGUGUGUGUGUGUGUGUGUGUAAGCGUGGGCUUAUGUUGGAUAGUUUGCACCAGCCGAGCAUUAUAGUUCCUGACAGAUGAUGCUCUGAUGAUGCAGCAUUUCACAGCUUCAUACAGUAAACGUGUGUUUAAUUGAGGCCAAAUUUCCACAAAGGAAUUCAUUUUGCAGAUCAAAAUAUAUGAACCAAAUUCAAAUAUUGUGCAUGUACAAUAUUUAUAGAUUGUUACAUUUUAGCUCCUUUACCAGCUGUUCAGCUCAGAGGCCAUCACAUGUCGUCAUAUAUGCAAUCUACUCCAACACAGUUCUACUUUUAUACUCAAUAGUGUGACUAAACCGUUCAUCUUGUUCUGCAAACACACGCAGCAUCAUUUCCAUGACAGAGCAGAGAUACUCUCAGCUAAAAUGUUUUCCACAUAGUUCAACACCUUCAUUUUCUCUCUUUUGAAUAUUUUAUUUUGCUUUUUCAAGGACAAACACAUUCACGUAUGUGUCAGGAUUAUGGGACAGUCUGGGGGGGGGGGGGGAACCCAACGCAGAAACACACGGGAGCAGAAGGAUUUAAUACCAAAACAAAAAAUGUGCAAAGUAAAGCUGGCAGUGCAAGGAAGCCCAACAAACGUGGAACAAAAGAAUCCAAGGGAGAAAACAAGGGGCGGGCAAAAGUUAAAAACCGGAAAAAGUUAUCAAAAAACAAUGGAGAGGGAAACACACUGACACAACACAACAAGGAGCAACACUGGGAACAUACCAUGGACGAGCAUAUCAGGGCAGACCAGAGACCAGCAGGUCACACAGCAGACACUGAGACAAGAGGCACUCAGGGUUUAAAUACACUGAGGAGGUGCAGGUGAUGAGACACAGCAGGGCUCAAUCAAGGGCGGGGCAGACAACCACACAGGAGAGGAAACAGACAAGGACAGGAA